AGGGUCAUAUUUGAGAGUGAAGACCCAGCACUCGUCAACUGCAACACCACCACCAAUGGAAACUCUACUCAGAGUUCGGCUACCCCUUCUCCUUCUCCUCUUCCUCUUCCUUCAUCUCUUCCUUGCUAAUUCAUCUUCUUCCCAAGACCUUCAGAUCGUCAAUGCCGAACGCAGGAUUGACUUGACUUCUCACAUUAUUAAGGUGUACUUGACAUUGAAGGUUGAAAACUCGGGGACAUCUCCAGCUUCAGAAGUACAUCUUGCUUUUUCACCUACUGAAGUUGAACAUCUAGCAAUAGUCAAAGCUGCUGCAACUUCUGGGAAGAGGAAGAAGAAAACUUACAUUCCUCUUGAUGUUAAAUCUGCUGAGCUACCUGAUGGACCAAAUGGAACUAAAUUCUUCUCUAUAACUUUGUUAACUCCACUAAGUAAAGGGGAAACCAUAACACUAGAGGUGCUUUACAUAUUGACACAUUUUCUGGAACCUUUCCCAGUUGAAAUAAGUCAAUCAGAGUCGCAGUUGGUCUAUUUCCGUGAUAGUGCAAUAUUGUUGUCUCCCUAUCACGUCAAGCAACAGACAACUUUCAUUAAGACACCAAGCACUCGGGUAGAAUCAUUCACAGUGGUAGAGCCCACUAAACGUGCUGGUACAGAGCUGAAAUAUGGGCCAUAUGACAAUCAUCCCCCCUACUCAUAUUCUCCUGUACUUGUUCAUUUUGAAAAUAACAAUCCAUUUGCUGUUGUUGAGGAGCUAGAACGUGAAAUUGAGAUAUCUCACUGGGGAAGCCUACAGGUCACAGAGCGAUAUAGGCUGGUUCAUGCUGGCGCUCGACACAAAGGUGUUUUUUCAAGGGUUGAAUAUCAAACUAGACCAGGUGGUACUGGUGUUUCUUCAUUUAAACAUCUUCUAGCGAAACUACCCCCUAGGGUUCACUCAGUAUAUUACCGGGAUGAAAUAGGGAAUAUUUCCUCUUCACAUUUACGUACAGAUUUUCUGAAGUCAGAACUUGAAAUUGAACCUCGGUAUCCUCUGUUUGGAGGCUGGAAAGCAACCUUUGUCAUUGGUUAUGGGGUACCAUUGCAAGACUUCCUUUUUGAGUCUCCAGAUGGCAGAAGAUACCUCAAUUUUACUUUUGGUUGCCCUCUUGCUGAGACAGUGGUUGACAAGUUGAUUGUAAAAGUUGUGCUGCCAGAGGGCUCCAAAGAUCCCAAAGCUGUGAUUCCUUUUCAAGUAGAGCAACAUCUGGAGAUCAAGCAUUCAUAUCUUGAUGUUGUCGGCAGGACUGUAGUGGUUCUAGAAAAGAGAAAUGUAGUUCCUGAGCAUUACACUCCUUUCCAGGUAUACUACAGUUUUAACCCUAUAUUCAUGCUUGCUGAGCCAUUGAUGCUGGCAUCUGUAUUUUUCUUGCUUUUUGUGGCUUCUGUGGCAUAUCUACACAUUGAUCUUUCCAUACGCAAGUGGUGAACAUCUAGCUAGCUUUUGGAGAGGCAGUGACUGAGCAGAUCCAAAGUUUCCGGGGUUCCUUUUUUGAGAAGAUCAUAUAGCAUUUUGGCAAUAUUGCGUGGAUUUAAGAGGACUAAUUGCUAUUAUAGAUUUAUUUGUUUGAACGAUUUUCCCCUGGCAAUUUGAUCUUAUGCCGUUCAUCCAAUCUAGCAUUCAACCAUCACUUCCAUUUGAGAAAUAUAGGAUCUGUUAGUUAGGGGCUAGGGCCAUCAUCCUAAAGGCGAGUAAUGUUAAGAAACAUAUAAGAUCUUCCUUUAAGGUAUCGAAAAUAUUUGACACUUAAUAACCAAAAU